AUGGCGCCGCUCAAUGUCUGCAUGGUGGGGACUGGAGAGUACACCACAGGCUUCGUUGGAGGCGGGGCCAGUGGGAGCGACAAGAAAGUGGGAGUCGUAGGCCUCACGCUCUUCGAUCUGAGGCGGCGAGGCAAAGUCGGCAACCUGAGCAUGGUGGGCACUUCGGGCAACAAGUUCGGGGCCAUCAAGCAGCACUUGCGCCAGAACAUCACGGAGGCCUACAACGGCCUCGAUACCAGCUUCACCAGCUACCCCAACGACGACGAGCGGGAUCCGGAAGCCUACAAGCGAGCGAUCGACGCUCUCAGUCCCGGGGACGCCAUCACCAUCUUCACGCCAGACCCUACGCAUUACCCGAUUGCCCUCUAUGCGAUCCAACGGGGCAUCCACGUCAUGAUCACGAAACCCGCCGUCAAAACGCUGAGCGAGCAUCAACACCUCCUCUCCGAAGCCCGACGGCACAAUGUCUUCGUCUACAUCGAACACCACAAACGCUUCGACCCGGCCUACGCCGAUGCUCGCAAUCGUGCCGUCAAGGGCUCUCUGGGAGAGUUCAAUUACUUUUACUCCUACAUGUCCCAGCCCAAAUCGCAGCUCGAGACCUUCAAGGCUUGGGCGGGAAGAGACUCGGAUAUCUCUUACUACCUCAACUCCCACCACAUCGACGUGAACGAAUCGAUGGUGCCGGAGUACAGACCGACGCGAGUGACGGGUAGCGCGUCCAAAGGCAUUGCUACCGAUCUGGGCUGCGUGCCGGAGACAGAAGAUACAAUCACCUUACUGGUAGACUGGGAGAAGAAAGAUGGCUCGGGGAGAAGAGCGACAGGCGUGUACACAGCUUCGUGGACGGCGCCUCAAAAGGCAGGCGUGCACUCCAAUCAGUACUUCCACUACAUGGCCUCCAAGGGGGAAGUCCGAGUCAACCAGGCAAAGCGAGGGUACGAUGUCACCGAGGAUGAAGGUGGUCUCACAUGGUACAACCCGUUCUACAUGAAAUACGCCCCAGACGAGGGUAAGUCACCCCUGACAUCCGGCGGAUGCGAGAAGCGAGAUCGAACUGACUGUCACUGCAGAGGGCAACUUCGCCGGCCAAGGAGGCUACGGCUAUGUAUCCUUUGAGAAGUUCGUAGACGGAUGCCAGGCCCUCAAAGACGGCAAAGUGACACUCGACGACCUCGAUAGAAGAGGUCUUCCGACACUGAAGAACACCAUCGCAACGGGUGCAAUCCUCGAAGCAGGCAGGACAAGCCUAGAUCAAAAACGUUCCGUCGAGAUCGUGGAGAAAGACGGCCAGUGGAGUUUGCAGUAA